ACUUGCUCCGCGAUCAUCGGCAUCGCGGCGGUGGCCGGCGAUGGCGCAACCACACUUUUUAGUUGCUGCUUCGAAGCUUGAGCUUCGAUGGCUGGUGCUGUCACUUGUGCUCUUCCUCCAUGCCUCAGCUGUCGAGAUCUUCUUCGAAGAGCGAUUCGACGAUGGUUGGGAGCAACGAUGGGUAAAAUCAGACUGGAAAAGGAGUGAAGGAAAAGCUGGUGUUUUUAAACAUACUGCUGGAAAAUGGCCUGGUGAUCCAGAUGAUAAAGGAUUACAAACAUCUAUAGAUGCCAGGCAUUCUGCAAUAUCUGCAAAAUUUCCAGAAUUUAGUAACAAGAACAGGACACUGGUGGUCCAGUAUUCUAUAAGGUUUGAGCAGGACAUUGAAUGUGGUGGAGGCUAUAUAAAGCUUCUUUCUGGAUAUGUUAAUCAGAAGAAAUUUGGUGGUGAUACUCCAUACAGUUUAAUGUUGGGCCCUGACAUUUGUGGAACACAAACAAAAAAGCUCCAUCUAAUCCUUUCUUACCAGGGGCAGAAUUAUCCCAUCAAAAAGGAUUUACAGUGUGAGACUGAUAAGCUUGCACAUGUCUAUACAUUUAUUCUUAGACCUGAUGCUUCAUAUAGCCUCCUCGUUGACAACCGAGAAAGAGAAUCUGGGAGCAUGUAUACUGAUUGGGAUAUACUUCCACCUCGGAAGAUCAAGGAAGUUAAUGCUAAGAAGCCAAAAGACUGGGAUGAAAGGGAAUACAUUGAUGAUCCAGAUGAUAUCAAACCAGAGGGGUAUGAUUCUAUUCCCAAAGAAAUUCCUGACCCAAAGGUGAAAAAGCCUGACAUGUGGGAUGAGGAUGAGGAUGGAAUAUGGAAACCACCAAAGAUUCCAAAUCCACAGUACAAGGGGCCAUGGAAACGCAAGAGGAUCAAGAACCCAAACUACAAAGGGAAAUGGAAGACCCCGUGGAUUGAUAAUCCUGAGUUCGAGGAUGACCCAGAUCUAUAUGUGCUGAAGCCUUUGAAGUACAUUGGCAUUGAAGUUUGGCAGGUAAAGGCAGGUUCAGUCUUUGACAACAUCCUGAUUUGCGAUGAUCCUGAUUAUGCAAAGGAGGUUGCAGAGGAGACUGUUCUUAAGCAUAGAGAGACUGAAAAGGAGGCCUUCGAGGAAGCCGAAAAAAUAAAGAAAGCAAAAGAGGAUGAGGAAUCUCAAAGAGCAAGGGAGGAAGGUGAGCGUAGGAGAAGAGAAAGGGGACAUGAUCGACGUUACCGAGACAGGGAGCGCUACAGGGACCACAGAAGGCGUCAUCAUAGAGAUUACAUCCAUGAUGAUUAUCAUGAUGAACUAUGAAACCUUAAAUAUCAUUUGUUCAACACCGCGAAACCGAAUGAUGCAUCAAUUCCCUGAACCGCACCAUAGUGGGAGUACUGGAAAUGAAAUGAUGCCCAAUGCUUUCUAAUUUAAACUACAUUGGAAGUUUUGUAAUUUUAUGAAUUGCUGUCCCUCGAAAAGGACUAGUUAACCUUGGAUUGUAUUGCAUCUGUUUCUGUAUGGCAACUCUCAUGUGUAAGUUUGUCGAGCACUUUGAAUCUUCAAACUGUUCAAGCUAGUUAAUUCAA